AUGCCGCAGCCGCCUCUGCCUCCCCUUCCAGCGCCUUCUUCUUCUUCAUAUGGGUAUGAUAGGCACGCUCGCCCGCUUUCAUACCCUCCGCCGCCACCGCCGCAGCCGGCUAUGGAGGGAUCAUCGCAGCCUUGGGCUACGAACUACGGCCCCCAGGGCUACCGAGACACCUAUCAGUCCCGCGGCCCCUACUCCGACCUACGCCAGGGCCAGCACCACUCGGAUACGCGCCGUCAAGUUGAUCAAGAUCAUCACAGCAGCCGCGACAAUUUUCAUCCGCCUCAAGGUGACUUUACCUUCCGUGUAGAACGACCGGCCGGUGUCGAACAGUACAGCUCGUAUCGGCCUGUCGAAAGAGAUCGACGCGGCCCAAGGAAAACCGACUAUAGCAAUGAGCGAAGUGCACGCCAUUCCUCGUACCGCAACGACCGAGAGAGGCAUUCCGGCCGCGAUAGCCGAUCCCGUCGCGAUGACGGCCGAAAACGACGCGAACACCCGCCCCGCCAACACCGCCCGCCGCACCAUGGCGGAUCUGGGAGGAGGGAACGCGAGAAAGCUGCCGACAGACUCCUCUUGUCGAAGAAGUACGAUGACCAGGUGGAGCUGAUGCUAGGCGACACCACUGGCCGAGCUACUUAUAGAGAUAUAGAUGAACUCUCCGAUAGCGACGAGACGGACAUGGACAUUUCCGACAAUUCCGACGAGGACACAGCCGAACCCGCGACCAAGCGCGCACGGACAUCCGAGACUGCCGGUCCCGCCGGUAAGGGGACGACUCCAGAUCAGGAGGUGCCGCGAUGGUCGAAUCCAGACCCGUACACGGCGCUGCCGCCUCCGGACGAGGGGACGCGCAAGAAGAGAGACAUGGUGCAAAUGAUCCGCAAGGCACGUGUAGAGGCGGAGAGAAAGAAGGCAGCUGCACAGACGGAGGGAUUGGAUUUUAUCUCCUUCGACGUUAGCGACGUUGAAGGCGACGAAACAGGCGCGAGCCCGGGAAAAGCGAAGGGUCAAAAUAUCCCGGACCAAGUUACACCCAAAACUCCGGCGCCCAUUUGGCCCCAAGAGGCACCGGUAACUCUACCCCCUCUGCCACUGCCACCUAGCCUUUUCCCCUCGUCCUCCUCGGUCGUCGCACCAUCUACCACUGCUCCCGCUCUCCAACCUACCAAUAUUGCUAGGCCGGCUAGGCAAGAGAGCCAAGCCGACCUGACCCCUUCAACCAGCCUGGGAAGUCGCAAGCGGACCAUCGACGACAGCAUCAAGCUGCCUCAUACCUCUCUGAAGCCUGUCACCAAGAUGCGCUCCGAUGGGGGCGUGGUGCCCGAGUGGCAGAACCGCGGCCCCGACUCCUGCCCCUGGGCAUCUCAGGACCAUUCCAGCAUCCCCUCGAUGUCUACUCGUCUCCACAUGGAAGUGGUGGACUUCUACGAGUACGUGCGGCCGCGGGAUUUCGAGGAGCGCAUUCGCGCCCAGAUGGUCGACCAUCUUCGCAAGGUCAUCAAGAUGAAGUGGCCGGAUGCGGAUGUUCUCCCCUUCGGCUCCUUUAUGUCUGGGCUUUAUCUCCCUACCGCCGAUAUGGACAUCUCGGUGUGUUCUAACAGCUUCAUCGACCACGGGAACCCCGUAUAUGACCGCAAGAAGGAUCUUUGGGCCCUCCGAAGCCAUCUCCUAUACCACAGAGUCCCCUAUCAGGGCCAGGUCGAGAUGAUCUUGCAUGCUAAGGUGCCGUUAGUCAAGUACAAGGAUGCGAAAACCGCCCUCAAAGUCGACAUGUCGUUCGAGAAACUGGAUGGCUAUCGCGCCAUCAAUACGUUCUUGCAAUGGAAAGAGAAGUACCCGGCUAUGCCGACCCUCGUUUCGAUUAUUAAGCAAUUCUUGCUAAUGAGGGGCUUGAAUGAACCGGUGAACGGCGGGAUCGGCGGGUUUUCCGUGAUCUGUCUCGUGGUAAACCUCCUCAACCAGAUGCCCCAGGUCCAGAGCGGCGCCAUGAAGCCGGAGCAUCAUCUCGGCGACAUUCUGAUGGAAUUUUUCGACUACUACGGAAAUCACUUUCACUACAAGACGGUCGCAAUCCGCAUGAACCCCCCCGGGCUUGUCUCUAAGAGCCAGGUUAGCGAUGUUGUAUACCGAAACAUGGAUCGUCUGUCUAUUCUGGAUCCGAACAACCCGCAGAAUGACAUUGCUGGUGGGUCCUCGAACACGGCCACGAUCCUGCGUCAUUUCUCGAAGGCCUUCGACGCUCUUCGAGAGCGCAUGGCGAAGCUCGCCAAAGGCACCGGGGCCCGCAAGUUCAGCGAUACCAUCCUCGGACCCAUUCUUGCCGGUGACUACUCGAGCUUCCGAGACCAACGCGAAUAUUUACGUAAUCUAGCGACAUACGAGACGUCCGGUUACCAGCCUCCGGAGUGGCAGUCAGCGAGCGCAUGGUAA